GUCCGCUGGCCACGACCCGCAGCGGGACCACGGCGCCUCGCCACAGCAAGGCUCGCGGCAGGAAACAAUGAAGGGAGACAGCAGACAUCUGAAUGAAGAAGAGGGUGCCAGUGGGGGUGAGGAAUGUGUCAUUGUCAAUGGGAACUGUAACGACCAUUCCUCAGACACUAAGGGUGCUCCCUCACCCCCAGUCUUGGAGGCAAUCUGCGCAGAGGCUGACACCACACCGGAGAGCAGAGGUCGCAGAUCAAGAUCAAGGCUGUCAAAGAGGGAGGUCUCCGGCCUGCUGAGUUACACUCAGGACCUUACAGGAAAUGGCGAUGGCGAGGCAGAGGAUGGGGAUGGCGAUGAUGUUCUACUGAUGCCAAAGCUCACACGUGAGACCAAGGAGACCAGGUCACCCUCUGAAAGCCCAGCUAUGCGAACCCGAAAUAACAACAGUACCUCCAGGGUAGGGAGGCAAAGAGCCUCCCCCAGAAUCACCCGAGGCCGCCAGGGCCGACACCAUGUGCAGGAAUACCCCGUGGAGUUCCCAGCUACCAGGUCUCGGAGGCGUCGGGCAUCAUCGUCAGCAAGCACUCCAUGGUCGUCCCCUGCCAGCCCUUCCUUCGUAGAAGAAGGGACACCUCAGAACAGCAGUACCCAAUUAGUUGACUUGACCCAGGACAUCCAUCAGGAGAGCAUGAACACUACACAGCUGGAGGCAGAAGGCAAAGAUGGAGACAGCACUGAGUAUCAGGAUGAUAAGGAGUUUGGAAUAGGUGACCUUGUGUGGGGAAAAAUCAAGGGAUUCUCCUGGUGGCCUGCCAUGGUGGUGUCCUGGAAAGCCACCUCCAAGCGCCAGGCCAUGCCUGGCAUGCGAUGGGUACAGUGGUUUGGUGACGGCAAGUUUUCAGAGGUCUCUGCUGACAAACUCAUGGCCCUGGGGCUGUUCAGUCAGCACUUUAACCUGACCACCUUCAAUAAGCUGGUUUCCUAUAGGAAGGCCAUAUACCACACUCUGGAGAGAGCCAGAGUACGAGCUGGCAAGACCUUCCCCAGCAGCCCAGGAGACUCACUGGAAGACCAGCUGAAGCCCAUGCUGGAAUGGGCCCAUGGGGGCUUCAAGCCUACUGGCAUCGAGGGCCUCAAACCGAACAACAAGCAACCAGAGAACAAAAGUCGAAGACGCACAGCCAACGACCCUGCGUCUGCUGAGUACUGUCCUCCACCCAAGCGCCUCAAGACCAAUAGCUAUGGCGGGAAAGACCGAGGGGAGGAUGAUGAGAGCCGAGAACGGAUGGCUUCUGAUGUUGCCUACAACAAAGUCAGUCUGGAAGACCGCUGUUUGUCCUGCGGUAGGAAGAACCCUGUGUCCUUCCACCCCCUCUUUGAGGGUGGGCUCUGUCAGAGUUGCCGGGACCGCUUCCUGGAGCUCUUCUACAUGUAUGAUGAGGACGGCUAUCAGUCCUACUGCACCGUGUGCUGCGAGGGCCGUGAGCUCCUUCUGUGCAGCAACACAAGCUGCUGCAGGUGCUUCUGUGUGGAGUGUCUGGAGGUGCUGGUGGGUACAGGGACAGCUGAGGAUGCCAAGCUGCAGGAACCCUGGAGCUGCUAUAUGUGCCUCCCACAGCGCUGCCAUGGGGUCCUCAGGCGCAGGAAGGAUUGGAACACGCGCCUGCAAGACUUCUUCACUACUGACCCUGACCUCGAGGAAUUUGAGCCACCCAAGGUGUUCCCAGCAAUUCCUGCAGCCAGGAGGAGACCCAUUAGAGUCCUGUCCCUGUUUGAUGGAAUUGCGACAGGGUACUUGGUGCUCAAAGACUUGGGUAUCAAAGUGGAAAAGUACGUUGCCUCCGAAGUCUGUGCAGAGUCCAUCGCAGUGGGAACUGUUAAGCAUGAAGGCCAAAUCAAAUAUGUGAACGACGUCAGGAAAAUCACAAAGAAAAAUAUUGAAGAGUGGGGCCCUUUUGACUUGGUGAUUGGUGGAAGCCCUUGUAAUGACCUCUCCAAUGUCAAUCCUGCCAGGAAAGGCCUAUAUGAGGGUACCGGCCGGCUCUUCUUUGAGUUUUACCACUUGCUGAAUUAUACACGCCCCAAGGAGGGCGACAACCGUCCAUUCUUCUGGAUGUUUGAGAAUGUGGUGGCCAUGAAGGUUAAUGACAAGAAAGACAUCUCCAGAUUCUUGGCGUGUAACCCAGUGAUGAUCGAUGCCAUCAAGGUUUCUGCCGCUCACAGGGCCCGAUACUUCUGGGGCAACCUGCCCGGGAUGAACAGGAUCUUCGGCUUUCCUGCACACUACACAGACGUGUCCAACAUGGGCCGUGGUGCCCGCCAGAAGCUGCUGGGAAGGUCCUGGAGUGUACCGGUCAUCAGACACCUCUUUGCCCCCUUGAAGGACUACUUUGCAUGUGAAUAGUUCUACCCAGGACUGGGGUGCUCUUGGUCUGAGCCAGGUCCCCAGAAUCACCCCCUCCCUGAAGUCACCUCACCUCUCCCCUUUCUCAGCUCACCUGUUUGGGGCCUCACCUCACUGUGUACCUCAGCUUUCUCCUGCUCUGUGGGAGCAGAGCCUCCUGGCCCUUGCAGGGGAGCCCAAGGUGCUCUCUCCAUGUGCACAGCUCAGACCUGGCUGCUUAGAGCAGCCCAACAUGGUGCUCAUGUUUUCUUAUCCUGAAACUUUAAAACUUGAAAUAGGUAGCAAGAUGGCUUUUUUCCCUCCUGGGUUAAUCAGUCAGAAGUGAUGCUAAGAUACCAAAAUAAUAGCUCUCCCAGUACUCAGGUUGAUGCUGCAAAAUCAUUUUAGAUUUUGUUUUUAAAUCACCUGUGCUCCCAUUUGCUAGAGGAUGCUAGUAUUAAUGUGGGCUCAGAUGAACAAGGUCAAGAGGCCAGGAUUUUUUGUUUUGUGUUUUUUAAUUUUCCCUAGGGAUAGUAGAAGAUGAAAAAGGUGAUGUUUAUGACUUAAGUGUUAAUGGCACCUUCCCCUUGCUCUGGUACAAGGGCUGGAGUCCUGUUGGCCUUGUAGCAUUUCCCAGUAUGAUGAUGUCAGCAGGGAUGAUGUCGUCAUCACAUUCAGGGCUAUUUCCCCCAAGAUUCCCUGGGCAGGGGCCCGUGUAGCUAAUCCUCAAGAAGACUGGAAUAGAAUGUUUUGAGCUCAGGAAGCGGGGUGGCCCCUCUUCCAUAUGUGAGGGACAUGAAGGAGGGAGCUUAGCUAAACUAUUUCCCACUCCCUCUCUCCAAAUAAUGAGCCCCCUCCCCCACCAGCUCAGGUCCCCAGAUAAGUAUGAUCCUCUAAUACUUAUUGAGAAGCUAGGGCCAGAAGCACAUUAUUUUCCCUUGUCUAAGAGAUGGGGAAACUACAAUGAGAAACUUUGAUCUUCUGGAAAUUUUUAAAACCUUUU